AUGUCGCACAUUACAACUCCAGCACCGCGGAAUCCGCCAGCGGUUAUGAACACCAUCCUCGAGAACAUCGGAAAUACGCCACUCGUUCGUCUGAACCGCAUUCCUCAAACCGUCGGAAUCACCUGCGCCGUCUACGCAAAAUGCGAGUUCUUCAACGCCGGCGGGAGCGUCAAAGACCGCAUCGCUCUUCGUAUGGUUGAAGCUGCAGAGAAAGAGGGACGAAUCAAGCCCGGCCACAGCGUUUUGAUCGAGCCAACGAGUGGCAACACCGGCAUUGGUCUGGCCCUCGUAGGUGCUGUCAAGGGAUACAGAACAAUCAUCACACUCCCGGAGAAGAUGAGCAGUGAGAAGGUCAGCGUGCUAAAAGCUUUGGGUGCUGAGAUCAUUCGAACCCCCUCGGCAGCAGCAUGGGACAGCCCAGAGAGCCAUAUUGGUGUGGCAAGACGGUUAGAGAAGGAGAUUCCAGGAGGCAUCAUCCUGGAUCAAUACGGAAACCCCAACAACCCCUUGGCCCACGAGUUUGGCACUGCCGCUGAGAUCGUCGACCAAAUCGCAAAGGUCGAGGGCAACUUAGCCGCGGUAGUGGCUGGUGCCGGCACUGGCGGUACCAUCACUGGAAUCUCCCGCGGUAUCAGGAAGGCACAUGGAGACAAGGUCAAGAUUGUAGCUGCGGAUCCUCAAGGCUCAAUUCUUGCGGUCCCCGCCUCACUCAAUGACGAGCACAAGGACAAACCAUACAAGGUGGAAGGAAUUGGCUACGACUUCAUCCCUGAUGUUCUCAAGCAGAGCGAGGUCGAUGUUUGGUACAAGACCGACGAUCGCGAUUCUUUCUACUGGGCACGCCGCUUGAUCACCGAGGAGGGUCUUCUCUGUGGUGGAAGCUCAGGCUCGGCCAUGAGUGCGACAGUCAAGGCGAUCAAAGACAUGAAGUUGACCGAGAACGAUGCGGUUGUUGUCAUCCUCCCGGACAGCAUUCGCAGCUACCUCAGCAAGUUCGUCGAUGAUGACUGGCUUGAUGCCAACAACCUCCUCCCGCCCAGCAUGCCAAUCACAGCACCCUCGACUCCGCCAACUCAGGCAGCUCAACCUGCGCAGGCUGCCGAGCCCGAGCUCCCCCUGCUCACGAGCACUACCAGCAAGGACGAGUUCGCAGACGCAAAGAUUAAAGAUCUCCGCUUGAAGCCAAUCCAGACUAUCUCCGAGACGGCCAGCGUUGAUGAGGCCAUCGAGAUGAUGCGUGACAAGGGCUACGACCAGGUUCCAGUCACUUCAUCGACUGGACAGCGUCUGAUCGGCAUGGUGACACUUGGUAAUUGCCUCUCCUACCUGUCCUCCGGCCGUGUAACGAUCCACAACCCCGUCAGCGAUUGCAUGUUCAACUUCGCCAAGUUGGACGAGAUUAAGCCCAUCGAGAAGAACCCUGCGGCCACUGAGGGUGACGAGGCCAAGAGGGAGUAUGUUGAAAUCACAAUGAACACUCCUCUGAAGUUCCUGGRGCGUUUCUUCGUGUGGAACGCCGCUGCUAUUGUCACUGAGCGGGACGCGGAGAACAACAUCAAGGCAAAGGCUGUGGCGACCAAGGUGGAUCUACUCCUUUGGCUUGUAAGACAGGGACGUGCUGCGGUCGAGCAGAAGUAA